CGCAACGAAGGCAGCUGACUGGGCAGCCCUGCACGAUGGAUCUUGAAAGCUGCAGAAGAAGACGUCAGCGCCGCAGCGUCAUUGCGUGAAGUGGGCAUGUGAGAGGAGAUCCGCAUUUUGCUGCGUGUGGACUCCUUCCUGUUUGUGGCCACAGGCAAUUUCUCAAGUCGGUGACCGAUCUCUCGGACGCACGCCGCGCCAUUUGCCCGAUGAGCCACAAGGUUUCGGAGAAGUUCGCAGCGGAGCUGCUCGGCACGUAUGGUAAGCCAGAGCAGCCGGAUGAGUGCUUGAAUGCCUGGUGGCUGAUCCGCAUGGCAGGUUUGAUGCUCACCAUAGGUAGGGAGGAAGAGGCAUUAAGACCGACUGCAGCUCCAGCUCUCCUUCGUGGGCGACUGGCUGGUCAACUGUCUGUCCACAGGGCUGAACGCCGUUCAGGGGAAUCCAUCGGGGCCUAUCGCUGUCGGUCAGGAAGGGGAGCGUACACCCAUCACUCAGCUAGCCGAAGGGUCUGCUGUUUUGUGGCCGUGGUGUAUGUGUGUGCGCAGGGGCCAUACUUGUGAACAUGUAGAACACUGCUUCAGAUGAACGGACACUGCACAUAGAACACACACAGGUCACAGGUUCAGAAGCGUUUAUUGCUCCCUUUUUUUGUUUUUUCUCCUCACCGCAAGGAUAUACAUGUUUGGAUCAGUGUCGAGUACGCUUAGCAAACAAGCAACACACGCUGCCAUCGAUAUCGCCCCUUUUCUGUUUGUGUCAGGGGCGCAGUUCAAUCCCUCGGUGACGCUGGCGUUCCUGACGCUGAGCCGAAAACUCAUCACCGCCCACGAGGCUCUGUUGAUAUGGCUGGCAGAGUUCCUCGGCGCAUCCCUCGCCGCCGUCACCUUCUACCUCCUCACACCCAAGCCCGGCUCGGUGCCGCUGUUUGAGUUCAAUGGCGCGUCCGCAUGCUUCGAGGUUAUUUGGACGGCGAUCCUCGUGCUGGUCAUUCUCAACAUCAACACGUGCCAGGCCGACUCGAAGCUCAGCGGCGGCUUCUUCAAUGGUGGUGCGAUCGCCCUCACAGUCGUGGCAGCUGCGUACUCAGCAGGUCAGUGAGGGAAUGAGUGCAUCGAUUCCUUGUUCCUGCCUCAUGGAUGUGCUGGUGGUGUGGCGCGUGCAGGCUCGAUCGCGCCGGCGUAUCUGAACCCCUGUGUGACAUUCGGCAUCGCUGUGGCCCACCUGAUCGGCACCGGGGGCACCGACUCGACCGCCACGCGGCUGUUCGGCUUCAUGGCCGUCCAAUUCGCGGCUUCGAUCCUGGCGGUGGUCAUCUUCUCGUUCACCAAUGGUGCUCGCGAGCUGAGGGCGAAGCCGCCCCAGGCUGAGAAGCAAGACAAAGAGGUCUAUCAUGCUGAAAAGGAGAGGGUUGGCGGCCCUCACAAGGUUUUCUGCCUUCAUCCUUGUGAACCGCCCUCUGCGGCUGAGCCGUGUGAGGGCCCGUGCUGCCCUUACCCCUGCUUCAGUGGCGUGCGUGUGCACAUGCCCAUGGGCGUGGGCGUUUUUGCUGCAAAGGACGACAGCACCAAGGCGCUAAUGACGGUGUGAGGGAGGAAAGGUGUGACUUGAGACGAACACCGUUUUCUUGUUAGGGAGAGGGGGGCUGUGACUGAUGUGGUGUCUGCUUGGCGAUUGAUUGGUCGUGUGUGCCUAUGUGUGUUUGUGGUCUUUUAUUCAUUCAUGUGGUUGUGGGACAUUCACUGAUCGAGUGGAUGACAGACGGGAUGGAUCCACACACUCUCUCUACUGUGGGAGAGGGGGAGGGGGG